AUAAAAGAGAACUUGAUGAGUAUGUAUUCAAAUAUUUCUACUACAUUUUUAUGAAAAAUAUUGAAUAUUAAAUUAAACUUAUAGUAGGAUAAGUUUAAGGUCAAGUAUAAUAUUUUUAAUUCUUAUAUUUUUUUGCUCAUUAUAUCAAAAUUGCAAAGAAAAAUUAAAGGAAAAGUUCACAUCGUUAGGUCCCGAUUUUUUUUUUGUAACAAUUAACUAGGUAGAAUUAUUUAUGUGAACCUUUUCAAUUUAUGUGUACUAGAUUAUUUAUGUCAAUUUUGUCAUUUUCUUUCUUGAUUUUAUUGGAUAGAGCAUUGUAUCGACCUUUCAAGUAUUGUUUAAAAAAGAGCUACUUGUAGGGAGACACUAUGGGUUGUCCCAUUUUAUACAACAUCCCUAUGAAAAAACCAUAAUAUCCCCAACCGGUCAAUGUUACUUUUAAAUUUAAGCGCAAUUUGUAAUUUUGUAUAUAUGUGGUGAAACUAAUGAGAUAAACCACGAAGGUCAUCAAACAUUUUUCAUUAUUGUAAUUGACAAUUAUACGAGCACCCUUCAUUGAAUCAUAGGCUCAUAUCAUCCUGUGGUGGCCAUGGACAGAAAAUAUCUUACAGCAGUUGAUAACUUUAGACCAUCUAUGGAUAACCACUUGACUAAACAUUACUAAUUACAAUGUAAGGUAAACAAGUCCCCCACUUUUCUCAACUACAAGUCUACAAUAAUAACAUUAUUAUUAUUAUUAUUAUUAUUUCCAUUAUAAUUUGAUAUGCAUAUGUAAUUAUUAGAUGAACAAUAACCUUAUAUAAGUUAGUGGUCAGGAGGAUAUUUAGUGAUUGAUUUUGGUUUUUCUCUUUCCCUUGUAUAUGGCUGAGGCAAAUGAGAAAGGAAAGAGGAACUUCAGUUUGUGGAAAGACUUUCACCUUCUGCAUUCAGAACUUUUUUUUUUGCCUAGGAUGAUCAGGACAUCAUUAACAGUAAUUAGUCGACAAUGGAUAUCAGGCGGCAUUAUGCGUUUGGGACUGUUAAACAAGCUGGGAACACUUCAAUUGUAUGCCAGAACCCAAAUAAGAGUGCCCCUAAAGGGAUAUGGCUGGGUUACGAGAGCCCUUUACAGUACACCGCCCCUCUCUUCAUGACCCAGCUCACCCUUGUUUCCUUAGCAUGUUUGCUCAUUAUGUACGCCCUCCGCCCUAUGCGUCAACCCUCUAUUGUCCCCCAAGUCCUUGUAAGCAUUUCCUCGCUAUUUAUUCGUUGGAAAACAUUGCUACGUUAAUCUGUUGUCUGAAUCAGAGUUGACUUUUUAUUCCCAUUUUUUAUGCGUUGUCUAAUGACACUUGCCAGAUUAGAUGUUUAUAUUUAAUUAUUAAGACUUGUAAUUUCAUCAUAAAGUCAAGAGUCUUUAUAUUUUGAUUGGUGAUCGAUGCAGAAGACCGAUUUACUGAAAUUCUGAAAUCAUGGCUUUUUAAGUUUUUAUUGGAUCAUUGAUUGCGAUUCGCAAAGGGGUAAGAUGAAAUACGAAGUAUAUUUCUGCAUCUGGAAGUUUACGCGUCGAAAAUUAUCCCUCAUUACUUGCAUACUAGACAAGAAAUCCCAUAAAUUUAUUUUAAUUUCAUUGGUCAUUUUUGUUUUGGCAAAUGUAUUGAAUGUGUCAUAUUUUAAUGAUGAUGGCAUUUGAAUAUAUGUGUAAUAUUUUCUCUUGUAUUAUAACUAGCAUCCUUUGAUUUGAACUUCUUUAUAUGGAUGAAUUUGUGAUGCAGAGUGGCAUACUUUUGGGUCCAUCGAUCUUGGGACAAUUUGAGUUCUUCCAGCAAACGUUUUUCCCAAGGAGGAGCCUCAUGAUAUUUGAGACGAUCGCCGGAUUCGGAGUUGUGAUCUUCCUCUUCGGAGUUGGGGUGGAGAUGGAGACCAAACGGAUGUUCAGACCGACCCGAACCGCUGCAGCCUUAGGCAUUUUCGUGAUAGUGGGUUCUUGUUCAUUCAUGAUCCCCCUAUCCAUAUUGCUAACUCGUUUUGUCCAAAUGGAUCCCAGCCUAAAAAACACCCUCCCCUUCAUAGCAGCGUCCCAAUGCACGGCUGCAUUUCCCAGCGUCUGCCCUUUCCUCAAAGACCGCAAAAUCAUCAACACAGAUCCGGGUCGGAUCGCCAUAUCUGUUUCCCUGUUUUCUGAGGUUCUUGGGAUGACACUGGCCAUACUGAACUACUCCUUCCAACCACUAUUACAGAACCGGGUCGGCCACCCAUUCUUGAACUCCAUCGGGGGACUCUUGUGCGUACUCUCUUUUAUCUUUGUCCUUGUCUUUGCGAUUCGCCCUAUAAUUGUAAGGCUUCUGAUCCGCCUCCCACAAGGGAAACCAGUAGGGGAGUCUUGCGUUAUGUGUUUUUUCAUAUUUUUCCUAGUGUGCGGGUUGUUCACUGAGGCUAUCGGUCAGCAUUUCGCUGUCGGAGCAUUGUCGGCAGGCAUAGUCAUCCCUCCGGGUCCACCCCUGGGUGCAACCAUAAUAAAGAGGUUGGAGUAUCCCAUUGCAAUGUUCUCCUACCCGACGUUUCUAGCUGCCAGCGGACUGAAAACAAACAUUUUCUUUAUCCAGCCUAGGAGCUUGCUGGUUGUAUCUAUUGUGGUGGCUUUCGCAGCCUUAUGUAAGGUUGUUAUAGUGAUGGUCAUGGGUAGGUUCAUGGCUAUAAACAUCACAGAUUCGGUUAUCAUUGGCCUUAUGCUAAACGCAAAAGGACCAACUGAGCUUAUCCUAUUCAACCUCUGGAAGGACAUUAAGGUUCUCAACGAUGAGGAAUUCGCCGUAGCCGUGGCGGUCUGUGUGGUGGGAGUCAUGGUGGUGCAAACGCCAUUGAUAUGGUUGUUGCAGAAAUCUGUGAGCCAGAGAACUCCUUUCAAGAGGAGAACAAUACAACACCUCAAAAGGGACAUGGAGCUAAGAAUACUAAUAGCCAUCCAAGAUCAAGAAAUUGUUCCUUCCAUCGUGAACAUCCUAGAAGCUUCUAAUGCGUCCAAUGAGAGUCCUAUUGCCGUCAUAGCUCUCAUCCUCGUCGAACUCGUUGGCCAGGCGGCUCCAAUCCUCAUCGCCCACCAAUCCUCCCACCGGAAUCUCCACGUGGACACUUCCUCCUCCACACAGAUCAUUAAUGCCCUGAGACAGUACGAGUUCAGCAACGAGUCCAACGUGACCGUCCAGCCCUACACGGCCGUGUCACAUCCAGAAAUCAUGCAUGAUGAUAUUUGCAGGCUGGCGGUUGACCAAAAUGCCACAGUUUUGAUCCUCCCGUUUCAUAAGCGUUGGGCAAUUGACGGGUCUAUCGGAACAGUAAACAGGGCCGUGCAACAUAUGAACUGCAAGGUCAUGGAAAAGGCCCCUUGCACUGUUGCAAUUCUGGUGGAUAGAGGAAUUUUAACCGGUUCCUUGACCAUUAUAAACAACCAAUCCAUGUACAACGUGGCAAUGAUCUACAUUGGUGGCACUGAUGAUGCAGAGGCGCUAUGCUAUGGUGCGCGAAUGGCCAGGCACAAUAAUGUCAAUCUGACCGUUCUCCGUUUUCUCUUAUUCGGGAAUGAUAACGCCCGGGAAAGAAGAUUUGACAAUGACAUUAUAGAAGCUGUUCGUUAUGCUAACAUUGGGAACCAGCACUUUAAGUACCACGAACAUGUGGUCAGGGAUGGGGAAGGAUUCGUGGCUUCGCUUAGGAGCAUGGAGGAUGUCUUUGAUUUGUUGUUGGUGGGGAGGUCCCACCAGGAUUCUCCGCUGCUAGAGGGGAUUGGGGCAUGGAUGGAAUGCCCGGAGCUCGGGGCGGUCGGGGACUUUUUGGCAUCAUCGGAUUUCAGUAGCACUGCAUCACUGCUGGUGGUGCAACAACAGAGAAUAGGAGGGAAGUUGGUUAGUAGAGCUACGAAGCCGGUGGUUCACAACCACGAUUUUGGUGUGUAUGAUAACACUUCAUCGAGGCAUAGUGGGGCAGCACCCUCUUCUGCCGCCGGUGAAUAUCCCAGAUGGGAUCAUCAAAGAGAUAGAUGUGAUAGGGUUUAGUGAUAUUUGGUGCCUUUGUCAUUUUGUACAGGGAGCUAACACAAAUAGAACUUGUAUAGUUUUUAGUUGUAGUGCCUGUUUUAGUAUCAGUUAUUUUCUACAUAUCCUGAUAUCCAUUCUUUAGUUCUUUUUCUUUCAGCUAAUUAACUGAACAUAUUUUAGAUUUUCUGUCAUUCCAUCCAC